GUAAAACGAGUAGCAAAAAUUUAGAAAUAUUAUGUUUUCCCAUAUUCGUUAACAUACGCGUAUCGUAUCCUCUUUAAUAUCCCACUACGGGACGCCGUUAUUAUUCAAAACUUAAUUAACGUUGUAAUUCUUACCGUUCUUCACAAAUACCGAACGGUCUAGAACAUUUUCUCCGUUCUUGUUCUCGUACGUCCCGCCACGCCUUGCUCCGGAACCCAGGGUUAAGUUUCUCUGUAAAAUAUAACGGAACGACACUGUUUCGUCAUUUCGAACGCGAGCGCUUUUUACAAUCGCACGGAGAAAUAAUCGCAACAAUUGUCGACCAACGUGGAUGAACUCGAGCAUGUAUCAACGGGAUACGAUUUAUCAAACACAAGACGAUCGACUUUUACCACUCGUAGAAAAGUUAACCUCUGUGUUCGUUAUUUAAUUAUUGACACGUUAGCGGAAAGAUGACUUACAAACGUAGAAAAUAUCACAAGGGAGAUACACAUCUGAAAAAAGGAUGGAGGACUAAACGACGAACGAAAGAUCUUGACGAGAUCAACGAGGACAUCAAGGAUGAAUAUGCUCCCGCAUUAUUGAACCAGGAAGUGGAUUUGGACAAGCCGGGUGCGGCUCAGCACUACUGCCUACAUUGCGCGAGGUACUUUAUCGACAACAAGGCACUCCUCGAUCACUUUACCACCAAAGUUCACAAGCGCAGACUCAAGGCUUUAGAACUGGAGCCGUACACAAUUGAAGACUCUGAAAGAGCUGCUGGUAAAGGAAAUUACGUUCUGCCGAGGAAGCGAAAGAUCGAGACACAGCCGGGGAAAGAUGCGGACAAAAUUGAGGUCGACGAUGACGAUGUCAAUGCGGCGCCAGCUACAAAAAUAACAAGAACCGAAGAUAACACUCUGGCAUAAGGGAAAACCGUAGAACAUAGGUAGACAUUAAAUAAAGAGGUUUACACUAAA